GCGAGCCGAGAAGGAAGGGGUUAUGCACGCUGCUCGGUGCUGGAUGGCCUGUCUCGGCGCGCCUGUCCGCCUGAGAAGAAGGGCCGUCAUUCCGCAAUCGGCAAUCGGCAACGGUGGUGCACACGCGCUCGAUAGCGAUGCAGUUCUGGCCGGGUUCGUGCAAGUCUUUUAGUGAUUUUUUUGUGUGCGUUGUACUUCUUGCUUCCGUCGUUCCUUCGUGGCCUCUCGAUACAGCAGACGUGAUUGGUCAUGGCUGCCAGGCCGGUUAGCUCGGUGUUUGUGUGAAUAUGUUGUAGUGCUGCAUCAACAGAAACCUGCUGUGUAAUCGCAUAUAGGCGAUGAGUAAUUAGGUUCCAGCCGAUGCAGAUACGAUCUCGGCCAACCUCGGGCAAGCCAGCCUCCGGCCAACAGCAGAGACGGCUUCUUGCGUUUGCGUUGCGGUUUCGCGAACGGAACCCGACAUUCCGGUGAAUGUCAAUCGAUCCGAUACCGCUUCGGUGGGAUCAACACCUCGAGUGUAGCGGCUUCUUUCGGUGAUGAUCGUCACCGCAAGAUUGCAGACAUGAAGUGUGCAGGUGAAAUCUGCCCUAGUACUAGCAUCAGCAGCGCGUACCAUUGGCACGAGCACGCACGUGGACAACGUGGAAGGGUAGUACCAUCUUAAGAGUAGGUUUACGUCCGGUUCCCAAGAGUAGCGCCCCUACCCUGACCAGAAAAGGGUCCGCGUUUCGGUUCGGUUAAGGUGAGAAAGCCUUCAUCCCACAAAAGGGUGCAGUUUCAGUGAAGUGUCGCGUACACGUGCGUGCGGGCGUGCUUAAAUGGGUUUUAGCGGGGAAAUGAUGGGUGGAGAUGAAAUGAUGAAAUCUAUCCCGUGUUCAUCAGGUUCGUGUUCACAGUUCAAUGGCAGUUCGAAGGAUGUGCGCGAAACUGGACGGUCUAGCGGCGGACAGUGAUACUCUUGUGCAAUCAACGUAAUUGAUGGGGUUGGCGAACAGCGAAACACUCGUUUUUUUUUUUUUAACUAAUCAGCAUCCGAGAUGGCCUGCAGUAAAGUCUAUUUUCUAAAGUUAGCCAUCUUCCAACAAUGCUUCCUGUAUAUAACACUCGUGGUCCUUGCCACAAGCACAAGCACCAAGACGAGCGAAGACAACCAUUUGCUCACAACCCGCUGCCGAUCGAACUGUACGUACAACGAACAGUGCUAUCACAAGUGCAUGCGCAACUAUUUAGAAAAUUCUGCAUACAAAAAGUAUGGCGACUGUCCGGCCAAUCCGCCCAGCAAGCUGGACUCGAUUUGCCUAAACACGUGCGACGGUCUCGACUACAAGUGUCCCGGUGUGGAAAAGUGCUGUGCGCACUCGUGUGGCCAAAGCUGCCAAAGUCCACAGAAUCUGGAUAAGGUUAAAGGACUACCGGCGGUGCCCAUUCACGCGAUGUUGCUCGACAAAGGGAUUCAGUAUCGGACGGCGUUAGUGCAGUGGGAAAUGAAGCAGGAGCAGGAACAAGCGAGUCCGACGUACUACAUUGUCGAGUCCCGGUUCCACAUCGGUACAAGCUACACCGAGCACAAGAUGGAGAAUGACUGGCAGCUCCAUCCACUCAUCAGUUUCAUGCAGAAAGAUAUGGGCAACGUGAAACGAUACCGUUGCGAGCUUAAGCUGAAGCCUGGCCGGUGGUAUCAGGUGCGCGUCGCGGCCAUCAACUCGAUGGGAACUCGAGGUUACUCGCUGGCAUCGAAGCCGUUUCAGCUGAGCAAAAAACCAAAUCCACCUCAAGCCCCGAAAAGCUUGAUCAUCGAAUCGUUGGAGCAGAACGAAAAUGGAACGUAUGAUUGCCGCGUCUCCUGGAGCCUUUCCCGGUCUGAUCUGCCGGUGGAAAAGUACAAACUGAGCUGGAGUCUGUAUCUCAACGCAACGAACAACCGAUCCCGGACGGACAACUCAUCUCUUUUCAAGGAAAUGGCAACGAUAUCCGCGCCCACCCGCUACUAUGACAUUCGAGGAUUGCAGCCGAACCGAUUCUACUAUCUGCAAAUACAGGCCAUCAGUGUGUACGGUCGGAAGCGGCUCAAGUCAGCGGCGAACCAUCAGUUGGUCAAUACUACCGUGGCGGACAAGGGCAAAGCGAUCAACUUAGACAACCUGUUAAUGGGAGAUGCGGGAUACCGGAAACCAAAGACUUUUCCUACCCUCAAGGAUGGUAUGUCCACCGCAUCGAAUGGCAAUGGCGCGAGAAACGUCGGGUCGUCCAGUGGUGCUACGAUACGUUAUCAUUUUCGCAUGCAAAAAUCGGGCCUUGCAGUACGGCUUAGCUGGUCCGCCAAGGGCUAUAGACGGUACCGGGUGCAAAUCUGUCGCGGCAAUCGCGACUGUCUACUGGCCCGAAAUGGCGCAGGAAGCAGCAGCAGCAGCAGUAGUAGUGUACGGUCCACUAAUGACCAUCUUCUUUGGCAUGAUGUUGUUUUACGCCACAACACUUACGAGUUCGGUAAGCUCGAUUUUGAUACACGCUACACCGUUGGUGUUCGAAUAGGGCACCGGCGGAAUCCAGGCUACGAUAUUGUACGGUCGUUUGUUACACCCAAAUGUGAGCAUUUUCGGGCCCAGAAUCAGACUCAUCCGCUAGUAAUGGGAUGCACCGAUUUAGGUUAACCAGAAACCGCUUCAGAAACAUAGCUCACUUGCCGUUCUACCUAUGGGAUUCCUAAUGUUAUACAAAAUGAUUGUAGUACAAUGCGUGAUGUAGUUGGAUGAUAAUAAACUUAAUUGCGUUUAGUUUUAACGUAGCCAACACCGCA